AUGUCCUGCUCCAGCCUGUGUGCUCCUGCCUGCGGUGUGGCCGCCCCAGCCCCACUGGCUAACAGCUUCAAUGAGCCCUGCGUGCGCCAGUGCCCCGACUCCACCGUGGUGAUCCAACCCCCAGCCACCGUGGUCACCUUCCCCGGGCCCAUCCUCAGCUCCUUCCCACAGAGCUCCGUGGUUGGCUCAGCAGGAGUCCCCGCUGUUGGAUCGGGCUUGGGUGGCAGCUUUGGACGUAGUGCCGGCUUUGGGGGCUAUGGAGGCUUUGGGGGCUAUGGAGGCUUUGGCAGCUGCGGAUAUGGUGGCUUGGGUCGAGGCCACAGGUACCUCAGCGGCAGCUGCGGGCCCUGCUAA